AGGGAAUCGUGAAAAUCCGUUGUUGUGACGUCUCGUUCCUCUAUUUAUAAAUUGAUUUGCUGAUUCCUGCUGACAACUGACAGUCAAAACGCCUUGCAACUGCAGCAUCGUAUUCAGUACCCAGAUAUUACCUAGAAGUUGAUAACAUAAAAACCAACCACGUUAAACAAAAAUUGUAAACACAAAAUAGUGAAACAGUUUUCAUAACAAAAAACAAAAUGAAAUGGAUUCAGGAAUGAUUAAAAAUAUUUUUGAGGGACUACUCAUUUACAUCAUUUUCUUGCUGAAAGAAAAGGUUUAACUGUUAAGCGAAGUGACAUCCAUCUUUCAUCAAAAUGUUAAGCCGUUUCGAAGCAAUUUCUACUGUUCUGUAUGUAUGUCUUGGAGGACUAUUCGCCACAACUGUGGCAUUAAGCACCGACACAAAAAGUGAUGGGAAUGCUGUCAACGCUGGAGGUAAAACCCUUAAUGACGUCAUUAGCGAAGAUCCCGAAUUUACAGAUGUCAUCGAGAACAUAACCGUGCCUGCGGGGCGCAACGUAAAAUUGGCUUGUUCGGUGAAAAACCUCGGCUCUUAUAAGGUCGCGUGGAUGCACUUUGAGCAGUCGGCGAUUCUCACCGUACACAACCAUGUAAUAACACGUAAUCCGAGAAUAAGUGUAACCCAUGACAAGCACGACAAGCACCGCACCUGGUUUCUGCAUAUAAACAAUGUUCAGGAGGAGGACAGGGGUCGCUACAUGUGCCAAAUCAAUACGGUUACAGCCAAGACCCAAUAUGGAUUUGUCAAAGUUGUUGUGCCGCCCAAUAUUGACGAUGCCCUGACCUCCAGCGACAUAAUCGUGCGUGAGGGCGAUAACGUUACGCUACGCUGCAAGGCGAAAGGCAGCCCCGAACCUACCAUCAAGUGGAAGCGAGAUGAUGGCAACAAAUUAGUGAUUAACAAGUCGCUCGAAGUGCCUGAACUGGAGACCGACUCCCUCGAACUGGAGAAAAUUUCGCGCUUGCAUAUGGGCGCAUACUUAUGCAUUGCCUCAAACGGAGUCCCGCCUAGCGUAUCAAAACGAAUCAAAGUCAGCGUUGACUUCUCGCCAAUGGUUUGGAUACCGCAUCAGCUGGUGGGCACACCAAUGGGUUUCAACAUCACCCUUGAGUGCUUCAUCGAGGCGAACCCGACCUCGCUAAACUAUUGGACUCGCGAAAACGAUCAAAUGAUUAUUGAGUCACCAAAGUACACUUUGCUCGCCGCGAUGAUGUGGAUUGCCUGCCUAUUGUUUGUUCUCAUUUGUGCUGUUUCUACAGCUCAAAAGUCUGAGGCCAAUUCCAACACUCGGCUUCUGAACAACCUUCUCAGCUAUGUAGUCGAGGAUGCCAGUGCCUGCGGUAAUUACUUCGAGUAUGCGUGCGGCAAGUAUGCGGAGCGACAUAUCAACGAUCCCUUUUCCGAGAUCACCCAGAUGUUGGACCAUAAGGUGAAUAAGAACCUUGUCCAACUGAUGGAGGAGCUGUACCAGCGAUAUCAGUUGCAAGGGUUAAUCAAGUCGAGUGUGGAAGCCAAAACCUUGCGAUUUUACAUGACUUGUCGCAACGCUUCGCUAAACACGCGCAGUGCAGAACACUAUCUAAGACUGGCUCCUCCAGACGAGGAUCUUACAUGGCCCCAGCUAACCCCCCGUGCGGCCGCCUGGCCCAAGCAUCAGUUUAAGUGGAUCAAGACCCUGGGAUAUCUGCAUCGCUUCGGUCUCUCCAAUGUUUUAAUAAACGUGAUAAUAACACCGAAUUUUCAGAACAGUAGCGAAUUUUUAUUGGACCUCAGUAUGCCCAGUUUCGAGGGAGAGUCGCAACACCUAAAUAUUUUAAUGGAAACCAUCGCAACUCUUCGCGCUAUGAAGGUCCCGUCAAAAAGUGUACUAACUCUCGCGCGAAAGAUAAAAGGGUUUGAAUUCGCCCUUCGGAUCUUAGUCGAAGACGACGACGACGAUGAGAGCCAACUUAUGAGUGUGCAUCAAUUGGAGAACGCAACCGGCCACGACUGGCAAAUGUUUUUUGAGUUAAUAGUUGGUCACCGCAUAUCACCCUACUUUCGGUUGCAAGUUCAAAACUUGCACUACUUCACUGCACUUAAGCAGCUGAUGGACUCCUCAGAUGCCCAGGUGGUGGCUAGCUAUAUCAUGACCCGAUUCGUGAUUUACAUCCUAGAGGACUCCAUGGAUGACAGAGAUCCCGUCGAGUGCAUAAAGGACAUGCGCCGAGGCUUGAAUCUAGCCUCGACCCUGAUCUACGAGGAGCGCUUCCUAGCACCUGCCACGCUGCACCAGUACACCGAAGAUGUUAAAGAACUCUUUGAUCAAUUGCGCCGGCAGUUCCUGCUACAAAUUGAUCAAAAUAGCCUUGGGUUGACCAACAAGCAGAAGCGCAUGGUCGCCAGGAAGGCGCAGGAUGUCGUCCUCAAUAUCGGCAACAUGCCUAGAAGCCGUGACCAUCGGAGCUUCGUCAGCCAGUAUUAUGACGGCCUGGUGUUUCCGUCCGCAGACCUGGACUACGGUCGGGAACACCUUAAGCUGCUGGAGUUCCGCACCCGAAAGGAAAUGGCACAACUUCACCAGACGGUUCUGAGUGCCAAAGAGUUUUUCUUCAUGCCAGAUCCGAACACAGCCAUGAGCUCCAGCCCAUACUAUCUGAUGCGUCAGAACGUCAUAAUCGUGCCAUAUGGCCUUCUUCAAGAGCCGUUUUUCGUAUCAGACAGCCACGACGUGUUCAAGUAUAGUCUAUUGGGAUUUGUGCUCGCCCAUGAGUUGAUGCACUCCGUCGACACCACUGGUCUUUUAUUCGACAGUCGCGGAAACGCUCACGAAACCGGCACUGAAAUAAUAAGCUCACCGCGCUUUAAGGCAGGCUUGGUAUGCAUGAACCGCAUCAAGACGCAAUAUAUCGACGAGCGAAUUGCGGAUAUUGCCGGUCUUGAUCUAGCCUACUCCACAUACCUCCGGAACGCCAGGAACAGGAACUAUGCAGACUUUACAAAAAUUUCCCUGGAACAGAUUUUUUUUCUCAAUCUGGCUCAGUUUUUUUGCGGGGAUGGCGACACUACUAAUUUCGUUGAUCACGACGACGACGAGAUGCGUCUGCAGCAAAUGCUACAAGGGUUCGCCCCUUUCCACAAAUCUUUUGGAUGUCUAAAAAGUAGUUCUUACCACGAUAAGUGCCAGUUGUGGUAAGCAGGGCAUUGCAUAAAAGCGAUACAAGCACGGUAGCCGCGAUUUCAUAUUUUUUAUUCAAGCCCUUAAUAAUACAAACUUAAUCAUUAUGCAUCCAUGAAGAAGUACUUUUUUUAAAAUAUAAAUACCAAACAUCAAAUAUAGCAUACUAGUAUUUUAUACCUAAACAGAACUGAGCUAAAGAUUCCUUCCCAUUUCAUUUACCGGUGCCAAAGAUCAAGUUUCUAUUUUUUUCUAAUAAUAAAUAUAAUGAAGUCAUUAUUUUAUUUUAAAUCAUUGUGCAUUUAUGCAAACAUAAAAUCCUAUUAUACAUUUUCUGUAAAAUGUUUUCCUUCAAUGGAAAAAAUUUUAAUUUCCUCUUGGAAAAGCUUUAAAAUAAAUAUGACUUUUAAGAGAUAAAUGAAUAUAUGAAUGUAUGUUAGGUUGAGGUGUAUGUUUGGGAAGUGUGUUUCCUUCCUUUUCACGACGAGAUAUUGCGAAAAAACAAUCGUCGAACCAGUUUGCAAGAGCUGAGAACGAAGAGAGCAGGAAGGGAGAAAGAAGUCGUCGAGAAACAGAAGCCGUUGGUUGUAUUCGCGUUGAUAUUAAAAUUCAUUGUAAUUUGUGUUUGUCACGCCAUUUCUAUGGAAACUUGAACUAUCAAGCCUGUUCCAGUUUUCACUCGAAAGUGAAUUCGUUAACAUUAGCGGAUUUUCCUUUAACAUAACCAAAGUUCUCUUGCUUGCUAGCAAAUUUCAUAGGGAAAUUACUAUUUGAGGAGAAAUAAAACAGCUAACUGCUGCUACUGCUCUUAACAAAAGCCUAUUAUUUGCAUAAGUUUCCCAGGCAAAUCUCUGAUCAACAUUUGGCCCGCUGCUGUUCCUAAGCUUUUUGCUUUAUUGGUGCACACAUUUAAUGUCUAAAAUCAGUCAAAAAAUCAUUGGUAGCCAAAAAUAACAAAUUCUACUUAUUUUAAAGGCAGUGAUGGAAACUGACCCACAAAAGUGUUGAACAACUUGAGUGAAUCAGCUGCUUCGCACCAGUGUUGCAAACUUUUUACAAAUAGUGAUCGGGACCAAAGUGGCCAAAGACGAUGAAAAAGGUCACAACACAACACGCUUUGCACAAUAAGUACAUUAAUUUACGGGGUAAUAAGAAAAAAAACACUUUUAAACUAAACUUAGAUAAUUUACACUUCUAACCAUAUAAAAACAAACCGAAGAGCGCUUGCUAAAAAUAAGGAAAUUUUUAUUUUUUUCGUACCAUGACAACUCUGGCUUUGUUUCUAUCAAAUUCGUUCGGAUUUUAGCGGAUUUGCAAAUCUCCAAUAAAUUAGAAUCGAAGCGAUUCUGAGGUGCCAUCACAAAAUAAUUUCUAAAAAGUCAAUUAUGUCACUAUUUUCCAAAUCUGUUUUGCAACAAUGUUCUUAAAACAUCAAAGAAUAAGGUUAAAAUUGCAUUUGCACAUUAAGUUAUAGCUAAAAAUUUUAAAAGAAUUUAUUUCUGUUC